UCAAAAAUUUUGUACGGUGUACUUACUGUGUUCAUGUUGUAUUGCAAAACACUUCUGUUGCCAUAGAGGUUGGAUACUGGUAAGGUUAGGGACAGGUUUGGUGGUAUGGGUAGGUUUAAGUAUGGGUUAAGGUGUAAGUGAUGAGUCAACAGUGUAAUUAUAAAUGUAAUUACAGAUAUAAUUACAUGCAAGUAUUUUUUAAACUAUAUUGAUACUGCAUUGCAUCAAAUGAUUAAUUUAAAUAUAAAACCUAAUAUAAAGUGGGACUGUAUCAUUUAAUUUCAGCAUUUAACAGUUUUUUUUUUUUUUUUUUUUCUUAGAUUCAAUAUGGAAAACUUCAAGCAUUCACAAAUCAUGGUUUUUACUAUAGAUGAGAUCAAUAAGAAUCCAAACCUGCUGCCUAACAUCACUCUUGGUUACCAAAUUUAUGACAACUGUGUGAGGCUAGGAAUGGCUUUCCGGGCUGCCAUGUCUCUGGCUAGUGGGACACAGGAUUCCUUCUCCAAUCUCAACUGCACUGGCCCCCCUCCAGUCAUUGGGAUUGUAGGGGAUCCAGGAUCAACUCCAUCCAUUGCCAUUUCCAGUGUGCUGGGUCUAUUUCGUGUUCCUAUAGUUAGUCACUUUGCCACCUGCUCCUGUUUGAGUGACAAGAAAAAGUAUCCCUCUUUCUUCAGAACAAUCCCCAGUGAUGCCUUCCAGGUGCAGGCAAUGGUUCAGAUUUUGAACCAUUUUGGAUGGACCUGGGUUGGUCUUCUCUACAGUGAUGACGAUUACGGUAUCUAUGCUGCUCAAUCCUUCCAAAAGGUUGUGCAGCUGUUUGGAGGUUGUGUUGCUUAUUCUAAAAUUCUGCCCCAAAACAACCCUAGAGAAAUUAAGCAUAUAAUGGGAGUGAUCCAGGCCUCUACAGCUAGAGUGAUAGUUGCUAUUUCGACUUCAUCUUAUCUGCUGCCUUUGAUGGAUGAAGUGGUGUUGCAAAAUUUGACAGGGAGACAGUGGAUUGCAAGCGAAGCUUGGUCCAACUCACCUACAUUUCGCACUCCACGUUUCCUGCCCUUUCUGAAGGGCACACUGGGCAUUGCCAUUAAACGUGGGGAAAUCCAGGGACUUCUUGAAUUUCUUUUACAUCUCCGUCCCAGCAGUGAUCCAAGAAAUAAUAUGCUGAAGAUCUUCUGGGAGAACAUAUUUGGGUGCAGUUUUGUAACAAAAACAGAUGGGGAGCAAGUAAAAAAGGUGUGCACAGGACAGGAGGAUCUGAGCAUCACAAAUACAGCAUACACUGAUGUUUCAGGGUUAAGAGGAUCCUAUAAUGUCUAUAAGGCAGUUUAUGCCCUAGCAUAUGCGCUUCAUGAGCUGAUGCAGUGUGAGGAGGGAAGAGGACCAUUCAGUGAGAACAGAUGUGCUGAAAUAACAAAUCUGAAACCCUGGCAGCUAGUCCACUACCUAAAGAAAGUGAACUUCACCACAGGCUUUGGGGAUCAUGUGUCAUUUGAUAAGAAUGGAGAUGCUCUGCCUAUCUAUGAUGUGUUAAACUGGCACCCAAGCUCUGAUGGAUCAAUGAGGGUCCAAGCGGUUGGUGUAGUAAAUAAGGGGGUGGCAACAGUCAUGGUGGUCACACUGGAUGAGAAUGCAAUAUACUGGAACUUUGAGGCAAAAAAAGUAAUUAGACAUUAGACAUGUUAAUGUCAUCCUUUUUGCAGAUCUAAAUGCUCAAAAUAUGAAAAGACAAAUAAUAAAUUAACAAAAAAUCCAAGCGUGUCAUUAUCUAAAAGAGAUGACAAAAAACAUUUCUUAUAACAGAUGAUGUCUCUUUCAGCCCCCACAGUCUGUGUGUAGUGAGAGCUGCCCCCAAGGCACCAGACGAGCCAGGAAGAAGGGCCUUCCUGUCUGC